GACACGUCAUCCAGGAUGUUUUUGAGCGGCGCGCUGUAAGCAGCAUCCGGGUCCCGCUGUAGCGGUCGGACCUGGAAUGAGUAGCAUGGAGCAGGAGGGGAAGGUUUUAGCGGGGCCCACCGAAAUGGAGCGGACCUGGUUCCUGUACCUACAGGAGACAGUGGGCACGGUUUUCUCUCAUUAUGGCUGGUACAUCUUGUUUGGCGGUGUGGCUUUGAUGCUUCUGAAGAACAAGCUGUCUCCGAACAUCAGGCAGAUUCUGGGAACCAGAAGCGGACCAAGAGCAGAUCCUGAAGAAGUGGUGAGACGGCAGGAGGCAAUGGCUGCAGCUCGACUGAGGAUGCAGGAGGAACUCGAUGCCCAGGCAGAGAAAUUCAAAGAAAAGCAAAAGCUGCUGGAAGAAGAGAAGAGACGUCGGAAGCUUGAGGGAUGGAAGAGCAGCAAGGUGACCUACCGCGUCAACCAGACCGAGGAGCCAACUCCCAGCACUUCCACAUCAUCGUCUGUCCCUAAGCCAAAACUGGAAAGGAGGCCUCUUCGUGGGAGCGUAGGAUAUAACCCGCUGACUGGUGAUGGAGGUGGUGCCUGUGUGUGGAGACCAGGCAGAAGGGGUCCCUCAGCCGGGGGAUGAGGUUAGGCUUCUUGUUGGUAUUUUCCCCCAAAGUACCAGCAAGAUUGAGUGAGUGUGUCCACCCUCAGAAGUAUCUGUAAUUUCAGCAGCCCUUCUUCAGCUCUCAUGUGGAGUUCAACCUGGACAUGAACUGGAUCACCCUUCCCUCUUCUGAAAGGUGCCAAAGAGCCAGACACCUUGUUUUCAAUGACUGUGUACUUCUUGGGAAAACCUGGUGUCAUCCCUGGUUGAAUGAUGAGACUGUGGACUUCUGGCACAAUUACUGGAUGCUGUGAAUGAUGUCACCCUUAAAAAUGGCUCUGUAGCCAAUGAGGAUGACUGAUAUUGCAUGGUGGAUAUCACUCUGUACAUGUUCUAUUUCUAUUGUGUUUGCUGCUUCCAUAGAUAUCUUGCACCUCAACUUCAUAGGGGAAGUUCUUCAUGGAAAGACCUUACUCCUCUUCAGCACAGCAGUGUCUAGCAUCUUCUGGCCUGUCUCUUUACUGUACAGGGUUUCUGUAUUGUACGAUCGGUCUACAAUGCAGCAUUCCAGACCUUAACGUCUCAACAGAAAAGCUGCAAUCGAUAGAAAGUUCACACAUUUCCAUAUUAAUAAAUGCUUUUACUAUGAAA